AGAAUAUAUAUUUAAAUUAUUUGUUAAAUAAAUGUCGUUAUAUUAUAAAUUUUUAGUAUAUAUAUAUACAGGGCUGUUGGGCUGGAUUGGUUUUGAGUCUAAGCCCAAUAGUUUGGAUGGUGUUGGGUCUGUGGCCCAUGCUAUUCUUUGCAGUUUGAAAACUUCGAAUCCAGUACCCAAAACCCUGAAAUCUCCCCCAAAUUCGAAAAACCCUAAAUUCACAAAUCCCUUGUGCUAAGGAUUGCUCUUCAGGAAAUGGGCGCUCUGGCACCCCUAGCGAAUUGGAUCCCGGAGGACGAUCUCCUGCUGAAGAACGCCGUUGAGACCGGUGCUUCUUUGGAGUCAUUGGCUAAAGGCGCCGUUCGUUUUUCUCGCCGAUAUACUAUUAAGGAGCUGCAAGACAGGUGGCGUUCACUUCUCUAUGAUUCAGAUACCGCACAAGAGGCAUCGGCUCGAAUUAUUGAGAUUGAGAUUGAGUUAUCAGUUUCCAAUGCUCCCAAAGCUAAUCGCAUUUCCUGUUUGAGAGGAAAGGAACAUCUCGGUAAAAGAAAAGGGGAUAGUGUAAGAAGCCAUUACCAUGCCUUGCGAAAGAGAGUUUGCAGUGAACCUCACAGCUCUGCUGAUUUGGGCUUUCUUGUGCGUCCAACUUCACAUUUUUCUGGGAAUAUUAUUGGAUUUCAACAGAAUUUAAAUUCUCGUACUGCUCACAUAGUCAAUAGUGAUGCCACUGCUAUCAGUUCCAAAGUUCGGGAGCCUCUCCUCAAUGAUCAUCAGCACCUUGGCAUUGGUGCUUCACAUAGUUUUCCUGACUUGCCAAUGGCUGAUUCUGCUGUUGCUAAUGAUAAUAUCGCGGCUGAUGUGUUUCAUACAAGGCAUAUGAAUAAUGUUAGUGAUGCCUUUCCUGUUGAAAUGGCAGCCAAUGAUUGCAUCUUCCCGGUAAUGAUGCCAUCAGUUGAUCAACCUGAAGCUGAGAAUGCAACGCAAACGUUUCAGCAUGAUUUCAUACAGAAUGAUGUACCUCAUACUGUCAAAGAAGAGUUAGGUUUGUCCGUUAUCUGCCAAGAUGUGCAGGAAGUUGGGCAGCCAGAAACUUUGCAGAUGAACGACUCAUAUGAAAAUGAUGGCAUAAAAACAAAGAAUGUACAUGCGUUUGAUUCUACUCUGAGUGACCAUCAUUGUUGUGGUUUUGAUGGAAGUGAUAGCUUAAUCUCACAAAUGCCAGAAUGUAGUGGUUCCUUGCAUCAACUUGGUUAUUCUUCUCCAGAACCAGGUGUUCCUAGUAUGUGGAGAACAAUGAAUGACAUUUCUAUGCCAACUUUUGCUAUUGACAGACACUUUGAAGACAAUCAAGGGGCAAGAGCAUUACUAGACUUUGAUAAUAUUGAGGAAAUGCAUUCACCAGGAUGUCAUGGUGCCAUGUCAGAAGCAGAAUUGAAUGAAAGGAUUUCUGAUGGUGCAUUAAAAUCUUCAAAAACAGUAGUAGACAGUGAAUAUAUGGACAUUUCUAACUCAUAUAUGAACUUCACGGAUGAUUGGGAAAAUCCAUGCUAUAAUGGUCUAAAUUCCAUCCUAUUGAAUUCCCCUAGUGACUCUAACCAACACCCAGAAAAUGCCUGUGGUUCAACUGAACUUGGUGCCAUAGGGACUGUUGGUGCAUGCCCUGUAAGUCCGAGUUUUGCCUGUUUGGAGAAAUCAAGUGAUCUCCAUGAGCAGAAAAAUGUUGACCAUGAUGGUAAUGAUAGUGUUUGCAUUUCAGGGAUGAAUGAUUCUUGUAUGACAUCUAAGGCAUCUCAUAAUACUGAGUCUCAUGAAUGUUUUAUGGCCUGUGUAUUGAACACAGAGGAUCCAGAAAUCCCAUGUAAUGAUCAUAUUUUUGUCCCUGAUCAGUUGCUCCCACAAUCUCCGGAUUUCGAAUAUAAUCCCAUUGAAAAGUCUGCAUCUGUUUCCCCCUCCAACAAGGCUUUAGACAGCGGGAAGGCUGAUGUACAACCUAUUUCACAACCUUUUGCAUCUUCUUUCAAGGCAGAAUUGCCUAUGUUGUCAAGUGUGGGUCAUAGACACUCAUCUGAUGGCUGUAAGUUGGAAGCUGAGGCUAUUGGGAGUGGAUCCAGAAUUGGUGUUGCUUUUGGUGAUCCAAAUUCCUGCACUUCUAUUAAUGUUUCCCUACAAUCGGGUGCCAUGUCUGCUUCAAAGGAAGAAAGUGUAGGUUUAAACCUGGGGAAACAUGAUGGUGAUUUUACCAGCUUUGGAAAGAAGCCAAUUCAAAGUUCUGACCUAGCAAAGCUCUAUCCAUCUAAAAUACCUGAUAUCUGUAAACAAGAAACAGAGGUGCAAGUGGAAAUGCAAGGCCACAUGGUAUACCAACCACAGAGUUCUGGAGAAAUGCUUGACAAAGAUCCAGAGAAGAUCAAAUCGGAAUUAGAUCAAGAAGAUAAUUUAUCUGAUAGUGAAAAUGAUCUACCUAACUUCUCUGACAUUGAGGCUAUGAUACUUGAUAUGGACUUGGGUCCAUAUGACCAGGAACCAUAUCUCUUCACCAAGGCAGUUUCAAGGUAUCAGUGUGUGGACACUAAGAAGGCUAUCAUAAGGCUCGAGCAAGGUGCACACUCUUAUAUGCAUAGAGCUAUUUCGCGUCAUGGAGCAUUUGCAGUUUUUUACGGCCGCCAUUUGAAGUAUUAUAUAAAGUCUCCUAAGGUGUCACUUGGUAGAGCGACAGAAGGUGUGAAGGUUGAUAUUGAUCUUGGAAGAGAAGGGCACACUAAAAAAAUAUCUCGACGUCAGGCAAUUAUCAAGCUGGAGCAAGACGGAUCAUUUUUCAUGAUCAAUGUAGGCAAGGGUUCGAUCUUCAUCAACAGCAAAGAAGUACCGGCCGGAAAACGUAUAAAUCUAACCUCAGGUUGCUUGAUUGAGAUCCGGGGCAUGAGAUUCAUAUUCGAAAUGAACCAAUCAGCCGCAAGUCAAUAUCUGAGAAAUUCGCAAGGAAGCAAAAAAGACCAGGACACGAAAUUUGAAUGGUUACCCGGUCAAGCCUCUUGAGGCCGGGCAACCCACUAGGAAGGCGAUUGUUUUCCGUUUGUUGUUGCCGAUGCGCUUGCUUUUCUCUGUAUCUUGUGAAAAAUCAUAUCAUCUGUUGUUUAAUCCAUAAUGUGAGAACCAUCAUUUCCAGCAGCAUAAAUAUAUGUACAUAUAUACAUAUGCAGAGAUGUAAAUAAGAGCUCUCAAAAUGAUUUUUGUGCCAUUUAAAUACAAGUUUGUAUGUUGA